UAGGAAGUCUAUCAUAUUUCUUACACGUGUAAAGGACUUGGGAAAUACCGCAGCUCAGAGGUGGGAAAACCGAUCCGUUUACUAUAGAAAUGUUUGUUAUUUUUCGCUUUAAAGCGUAGUUGUUGGCACUGAGGAGAGUUCGAGCACGAUGUAUUUGAGACCUUCAGAAAUAUUUUUCUCACAAGAUUCAAUUAAUAAUGUUUUUGAUAAAAAUUGUGGUCAUAGAUAUCAGCCGAUAGGCGAAACACUCGAUGCACUGUGCGAUGGAAGGUGCUCUGUAAGUAGCAUACCAACUAUAUCAGUUGUAAAGCAUAACAAUAAAUGGUUCACAGCUGAUAAUAGGCGGCUUUGGGUUUUCCGGAGCCUGGAGAGACUGGGAAAGUGUGAUAAAAUAUUUGUUAGAGAGGGCUCUUAUAUUCCUUCUUCCAAGUUUACCACAUAUAAUGGAGGCGAAUCAGUUAUUGUUCGCAAUGGCUCUCCAGGAGGAAUUUGGCAUCGAAGACCAAGUGUGAAAAAGCCAAGGCCUACUCCUACUAUAGCCAUUAACAAAAUACCAGUAUCUGUCAACGAUAGUAAUAAGGAAAAUGUUGCAAAGAUAUGUACAAUUGAUGACAAUACCAUUGAUUCGCCAGACAGACGCCCAUUUCAGGAAGUGGGAAAUUUUGUUCCUAGCUAUAGCGUGAUGAAUGAAAAUACCAGUACACACCCUGAAUCUGAGAGUGACACAGAUUCCCUUUCUACAAGUUCUUCUUUAGGGCAAAGUAAAGAUUCUCAUAAUUAUGAAAACAGAGGAUAUCUUACAUCUUCGUUAAAUUCAGAUAAAUCAUCACCCCAGGAAACGCAAACGGAUCAAGGGGUGAGUUCAACAGUUAAUGUUUCAGAUGAAACCACUAUAGAAUUAGACAUUCCACCUUGUCAGAAUGCUGUUGAUGAAGACAAUAAUUUAACUGUGGUAGUGAACCCGAAAACGGCAUUGAUUGUUACUAAUAAGAAAUGUAGAAUACGAUGUAUCAUUAUAACCGCCAUAGUAGUUAUUCUACUUUUAGUGUCAAUUUUAUUUCUUGCUAUAUAAACUUAAACUGUUCUGUUUUGUUCCAUUCAGCAAAAUAUGUAGGUUUUUCAUUUAAAUUGCAUUAAGUAAAUACAGUGUUUCAAAUCUGAUAGUCUUUUAGAUUGAAUGUAACUUUUUUUGGGGUGAUUUGGUUCAACAGUCCUUCUUCCCUGCUAUUGUUUUAAUGCUUUACGUCGUAUAUCGGAUAUGCAGUCACGAAUAACGCUAGUGAAUGAAUAUUUUGAAUUCGCCUGAGAUAUUUAUAUGUAAAUUAAAAGUAUGUUUGUUAAAUGCUAAAUAGUUUAUCUGCAGCGAUCUUACGAGUGCAAUGUCUUUAUCUAUCUUAUGAGUAAUAAAACUAAAAAUAGCACGAAUAACCAUUUUAUUUUUAUAUUUUUUAUAUGUAGUGGAAUUUUUUUUUAUAUAUAUAACUCAAAAAGAAUUUCCGAAAACAUUGAUUUACAUUACCUUUAGUUAGAUAACGGCUUAAGCUAAAUAUAGUUUUACUUGUAUAAGCUAAUAUUACGUAGGCACUUUUGUUUUUUACUUGUUGAAAUAAAAAGGUUGCAAUUUAAGAAUGUGUAAAUGUAGCUAGACACAAUGAGGUUUAUUGCUCAUUCAUACAUAUAUGCUGUUAUAAAACGCACAUAGAUUUUAGGCAUUUAUUGUAGAUAAUAUUGACGAGUUUUAAUAUGAUAUUUAGUGUAAGCUAGGCACAUUUUUGUGGUUUUACUAAGUAAUACGUCGUUUACGUCAAACGGUUGGCUAAGGAAGCAGUUCAUUGAACUGUGUUCAUAUAAUAUUAUGCUUUAUUUAACAUUUUUUCUUGUUUUGUUGACAUGUAUGUUUUUUUCGGAGCGCCAUUGUUUGUUAAGCAAAAAUGACUGUGAUACAUUUUGUUUCAAUUAUUGUUUUGAAGUUAUA